UGACGUAUGCAUGGGCUGGCUUUAAAUAGCGCGGAUCAGGUUCACCGUCGUACCACUGCUGCGGAGAAACUGUGCUUCGUUUGAGGUUUUACAUUCCAGCUUCACGUCUCUUCCACUGUCAAGGAAGAAAAAAACACCUCUGAAGAUGGCUACUAAGGACAAGCUGAUCAGCCACGUGAUGAAGGAGGAGCCUGUGGGCAGCAGGAGCAAGGUGACGGUGGUCGGCGUCGGCAUGGUGGGCAUGGCAUCUGCCAUCAGCGUGCUGCUCAAGGACUUGUGUGACGAGCUGGCACUGGUUGACGUGAUUGAGGAUAAGCUGAAAGGCGAGGCCAUGGACUUGCAACAUGGAUCCCUCUUCCUCAAGACGCACAAGAUUGUUGCUGACAAAGACUACAGUGUGACAGCAAACUCCAGGGUGGUGGUGGUCACUGCCGGGGCCCGACAGCAGGAGGGUGAGAGCCGUCUGAACCUGGUACAGCGCAACGUCAACAUCUUCAAGUUUAUUAUCCCCAACAUCGUCAAGUACAGCCCCAAUUGCAUCCUGAUGAUCGUCUCCAACCCAGUGGACAUCUUGACCUACGUGGCCUGGAAGCUGAGUGGUUUCCCCCGUCAUCGCGUUAUUGGCUCUGGCACCAACUUGGAUUCUGCACGAUUCCGUCACCUCAUGGGAGAGAAGCUUCAUAUCCACCCUUCCAGCUGCCAUGGCUGGAUCAUCGGAGAGCACGGCGACUCCAGUGUACCUGUGUGGAGUGGCGUAAAUGUUGCUGGUGUCUCCCUUCAGGCCCUCAACCCACAGAUGGGUGCUGAGGGUGACAGUGAGAACUGGAAGGCUGUUCAUAAGCAGGUGGUUGAUGGAGCAUAUGAGGUUAUCAAACUGAAGGGCUACACCUCUUGGGCCAUCGGUAUGUCUGUUGCCGACCUAGUAGAAAGCAUCUUGAAGAACCUGCACAAAGUCCAUCCAGUCUCCACACUGGUCCAGGGCAUGCAUGGGGUGAAGGACGAGGUCUUCCUGAGCAUCCCUUGUGUCCUUGGCAACAGCGGCCUGACAGACGUCGUCCACAUGGUGCUGAAGCCAGAUGAAGAGAAGCAGCUGGUGAAAAGUGCUGAGACACUGUGGGCUGUACAGAAGGAGCUAACUCUGUGAGGAGUAAUGUCUCAGAAUGCCCUGACCCCACCCAUGUUGUAUCUUUGUGCCUCCAAACUGCUCCUCUCCGUCACUGAAUUAUGUGAAAUGCACCUCUUAUCUGUAACCACCAUUGGAGAGAAUGUCUUUGUGCUGUUUGUAUAAUGUGUGUGUAUACAUUGAAUGUUGUUACUGUACUGUAGCUGCUUCUGUACACUCCAUGUUUGUGUGAGAGUACUCAGCAAUUGCCAGGUGGUUGGCUGACUUUCCACUUGGUAUUCUUUAUUUAAAACUUGGAUUACAAUGGAGAUGUUCCAUUCUCUACAAGGAGGGCUUCCCAUGCAUCUCCCCCAUAUCACACAGCUACCAUCACGUGAUACUGAAGUACCUUAGUGGCGGGAGGGGAAACGAUGCAGCCGAUCAGCAUCAAAGCCAGUGUAAGUGAAAAAACCAAGAGUGCACUGAUGCAAAACAUGUAAUGGUUUAUCAAAUUAGUAAGAUGUAACUCCAGCUACUUCUGGGAUAAUUAAAGUGGUUGCUACUAAAGGGAACUGCAUGGUGUUAAGAUGGCAGAGAUGCUAAUGGAGAACCAGUCUAAAAGUGUUAGCUAUGCCAAUGACCUGUCACAUUAUCAGUUGCAUAACUCAGUCUGCCUCAGAACUGACUUAAUAUAUAUAAACAUUUCUUAUCCUGAAUGUAAAACAUGUCUUUGGGGAAAAAAGAUGGCAUAUUUAUAAGUGUUACUGUUCAACUCUAUUUAUGCAUUGUUAGUAUAAUAAAAUUAAUCACCUAAAUCUGUACUAGCCACGGCAGCUGCGUAUUGAUGGACAAACUUCAAAUAAAUGUACCAGGAUAA